AAAUUGAAAAUCUUCAAAUAAGCGGAAAAGAUUUAGCAUAGACGGGAAAAAAAGAACGGAAUUACCUUGCUUCCAGUAUUUACUGCUGAUACAAACAUAAAUAUGCACGUGUAUUAAUACGCUUUAUUAUAUUUACUCAUCCGGACAAUUUCUUUCAUUUGUAUUUGCCAGCGCUUGGCUCUGUCUGCAAGCAAACCACCGACAACGGUUUCGGUUCGAGCAGGUCCCAACCGUCAGCGUGGAGCGUGGGCCGGUGUACGCGCGCCGGCGGCGGGGAGGGCGGGAGCGCGCCGAGCUCGCGCUGCGGCGGUGGCUGUGGCUGCGGCUCCGGCUUGAGCGGACGGCAUAGAUCGGGAGGAGAGUGCGAGGACCAGAGCUGCAUCCCCGCCCGCCCGGCUGUUGCUACAGACCAUCGGGGAAAACCUGAAAAAUACUGCUCUAUCAUUAAUCUAGAUUGGUUUAACCAGCAGGUUUAGCUGGAACCAACCUUUGAGCACCUUGUUUCGAUAAGGGCGCAAGCUGUUUUGCGCAUUGAGUGACAACAGGUUGAUUUGUGUGCAACAAGACUGUCUGGAGGUUAUUUAUUGGGAAUAUCAGAAUAUCAAAUCAAAAUGAGCACCAGCGUGUCGCAGCACAUGGCUAUGCACAGCCCACUAGGAAGGUCAUCUGGUGUUGGGGUCCUAUGUCAUAAAUGCGGAAAGUCCUGCAAAGGAGAAGCUCUGCGAGUGCAAGACCAGUUCUUUCACAUCAAUUGUUUUACCUGUAAAGAGUGUGGAUGUGAUUUGGCGGAGAGUGGAUUUUUUGUAAAGCAAGGAGAAUACAUCUGCACUUCUGACUAUCAAAGAUUGUAUGGAACACGGUGCUUCAGCUGUAGUGAAUUUAUAGAGGGUGAGGUGGUUUCUGCUCUGGGAAAAACCUAUCAUCCAAAGUGUUUUGUCUGUGCUGUUUGCAGGCAACCCUUUCCUCCUGGAGACCGGGUGACUUUCAAUGGAAAGGAAUGCAUUUGUCAAAAAUGUUCUCAGUCUCCGAACACCAAUCUUAAACAUGCGUCAGCUCAAUCUCCUAUAAACUGUGAAGGCUGUGGUGUGGAAAUUAAAAAUGGACAAUCCUUGGUAGCUCUCGAUAAGCAGUGGCAUCUAGGCUGCUUUAGGUGUCAUACUUGUGGGAAAGCCUUAUCUGCUGAGUAUAUCUGCAAAGAUGGGAAUCCUUACUGUGAGGCUGAUUAUCAUUCCCAGUUUGGAAUCAAAUGUGAACGCUGUACAAAAUUUAUUACUGGCAGUGUAUUGGAGGCGGGAGACAAACAUUAUCAUCCAGACUGUGCACGAUGUGCCAGGUGCGAGAAGAUGUUUGCAGAAGGGGAAGAAAUGUAUCUGCAAGGUGCUUUAAUUUGGCAUCCAGUCUGUAAACAAGCUGCUAGGGCAGAAGAAAAGCAAAAAGUUACUCGUGCAUCUUCUGAGAGCAUCACAUCUGUACCAGCCUCAAGUACUUCAGGAUCCCCAAGCCGUAUAAUAUAUGCCAAGCUGGAUGAUGAAGUUCUUGACUACAAGGAUUUGGCAGCUCUUCCCAAAGUUAAGGCCAUUUACAAUAUUGAUCGACCUGACAUGAUCUCCUAUGCACCAUAUAUCAAUUACUCUGCUAUUGACAGGCAUAGAAUGGGGGAGCCACCUCGACUACUCUGUCCAGCACAAGCUGAGGAUGAACAGGAAGGACCUAGACAGCGCAGAGCCUCCAGUCCUGGAUCCUUUGGGUCUCUUGGCUAUGGGCGUUAUACACCAACAUGGUCUCGCUCACCACAACAUUUCCACAGACCAGAGCUCACCUCUGCUGGUAUUCAUUCCCUGCAUACUGGUAGUUACAGUUCCUUGUCAACACACUCCAGCUUUCCAUCCUCUCUCACACCUAACUAUGUUCCUUAUUUUAAAGGCAGUGAAAGUCGUCGCAGCACUCCCAGCUUAUCCAUGAACCUAGACAGCAAAUCUUAUGUCCAAGCUCCUAAACAUUUCCAUGUUCCAGAAACUGAUGGGAAAGCAGACAACAUCUACAGAAAGCCCCCUGUCUACAGACAACAUGUGGGUGACUGGCAAAGCAGAGGAUUUUGGAGUGAAGAUAGUGAUGGAGAAGGAGGACAACUGUCCUGGGAUCAAGAUGGCAAGAAAGUGAAGACAGGAUCAUUAAAGCGACAGGUGGAGACUACAGUUGCCUCUCAUGAUUUAGAUCCUAAAUCAUUGUCUCGAAGUCCUGCUGCUGAUAGAGAGCUGCUGCAAAGAUCAAACAGUGAAUCACUCUUUCAAACAAGAAUUCCUCACUCCAAAUCAGCUUCUCUUCCUGGUUAUGGGAAAAAUAAAUCACACAAGACUUCAGACUUUGAAUCAACUCGUGAUACCAGCUGGGGAAUGAGAGAAUACAAGGUAAGAAGUUAA